CCGCGGGUGGAGGGCGUCAAUUGAGACACCCCAGCAGUCUUCGGCCGGCAAAUCUCUUAGAUUUCCUCCCCGAUUCGGACCUCUCUUCUGGCCAUGGGAAAAGGUUAAAGUUGGUCCAUUAUCUGUCUCUCCAAUGGGAUUUGGAACGUGGGCUUGGGGAAACCAGCUGCUUUGGGGUUAUCAGGAACAGAUGGAUGGUGUUUUGCAGGAGACAUUUAAUUUGGCACUGAGGAAUGGAAUAACUCUUUUUGAUACUGCUGAUUCUUAUGGGACUGGAAGAUUAAAUGGGAAAAGUGAAAAGCUUCUUGGAAAAUUCAUUCGAGAGUCCCAAGGAUCCAGUAACAUUCAAGAUAACAUUGUCAUCGCCACAAAGUUUGCGGCGUAUCCUUGGCGCCUGACUUCUGGACAAUUUGUGAGAGCCUGCAAGUCUUCAUUAGAUCGACUCCAACUUGAUCAAAUUGGAAUAGGACAGUUGCACUGGUCGACUGCAAACUAUGCUCCUUUGCAGGAGUUGGCGCUCUGGGAUGGGCUAGUUGCAAUGUAUGAGAAGGGUUUAGUUCGUGCUGUUGGUGUCAGCAAUUAUGGACCUAAGCAACUUAUUAAAAUUUAUAAUUACCUGAAGUCUCAAGGUGUUCCACUAUGCUCAGCUCAGGUUCAAUUUUCAUUGCUAAGCAUGGGCAAUGAUCAAAUGGAGUUGAAAGCAGUAUGUGAUUCUCUAGGUAUCCGUUUGAUUGCAUAUAGUCCACUUGGAUUGGGAAUGCUCACUGGAAAAUAUACUGCAUCUAAUCUUCCACGUGGACCACGGGGUUUUCUAUUUCGUCAGAUUCUUCCUGGUCUGGAUCCAUUGCUUAGUUCCCUGAAAGAAAUUGCACAAAAGAGACAGAAAACUAUGUCACAGGUUGCAAUAAACUGGUGUAUUUGCAAGGGCACCAUUCCAAUUCCUGGUGUGAAGACGGUCAAGCAAGCUGAAGAGAAUUUGGGUUCACUUGGUUGGCGCCUCAACUCCGAUGAGAUUUUUGAGCUUGAAUCUGCAGCAAAGAAUUCUCCUAAAAAAAUGAUCCAAAACAUCUUUCAGACCAGAUGAAUGUGCUUCAUUUACUGGUCAGCUUUUUUCUUGAUUGAUUUCUUUGUGUCGUUCCAUCAGUUCUGUUUAUCAUCGGUCAAACUUUCAUGAUAUUUCUCCUUGGUUUACUAACAUGUUGCCAAGUCAUAAUGUUGCAGCAUUAGGAGAGAGUUGUGGUGAUACAGACUAAUUGAUGGGAUAACAAGAAACAUACUCUUAUUCUUA